AAUAAAAUGAUUUAGAUGGUUAAAAGGCAAAGUCGACGUGGAAAAGGAAGAGUGGGUAACUGGAGAAAGAAACGCACACGGACGGGAGAAGAGAGAGAGAGAGAGAGAGAGAGAGAGAGAAGAAGAAGAAGAAGGAAGAAGAAGAAAAGGGAAGGUCACACUGGCUUCGAUUGGGGCAUGGAAGAGCUGGCCAUGCUGAGGCAGUUCAUCGCUGAAGCACAGGAACUUUCCGAAAUCUACGGUUACGCCGUCUCAUCUUACAAUCUUCAUCUUCAACCGCCUCCGCUUCCGCCUCCUCUAUACGACAGAUGGUGCUUCGCCAAACCGAAUAAUGGCACUGCAGAUGACAGUGACUUUAGUUUCAUAAUGCAGAAUCAUCCAAAGCCUGCAACUUUUGAAAUGUUGGAACCGUGGAAGCCUGCACCUACCAAAAAAUCUAAGAAGGAACGGAGCAAGGGAAGAUCACAGAUUAUCAGUAGUUCAACUAAUGGCAUGGAUCCUGCGAUCUGGAAAGAAUUCCCUGAAGACCUCUUUGAAGCUGUUGUUGCAAGACUCCCUACUGCCACAUUCUGUCGAUUUCGUUCCGUUUGCCAAAAAUGGAAUUCAUUGCUGAAUUCUCAUAGUUUCUCGCAACAAUAUGAUCAAAUUCAGCCAACAUUGCCUUGGUUUUACACAAUCACCCAUGAUUGUUUGGUUUCAGGAGCCAUGUACGAUCCUUCCUCGAAAAAAUGGUACCAUCCUCCCCUUCCUGUAUUCCAAAAGAAGGUAAUCAUCUUGCCAGUAGCUUCUGCAGGUGGUCUCAUCUGUUUUGUGGAUAUUGGACAUAAGAGCUUCUAUUUAUUCAACCCGCUCACUGGAUCCUUGAAGGAACUACCUGCUAGAUCUUCUAUCAGGGUAUGGUCUCGAAUUGCAGUGGGCAUGACAUUAAACGGGAAAACAACAAAGGAAGGUUAUAAGAUCCUGUGGUUGUGUUGUGAUGGGGUUUACGAAGUGUACGACUCCAUAAAGAACUCGUGGGAUAGGCCCGGAACAAUGCCGUCAAGUGUUAAACUGCCUUUAUCCUUGAAUUUUAAGUCGCAGGCUGUUUGUGUAGAGGGUUGUGUUUACUUCAUGCGAUCGGAGCCUGAUGGAAUAGUGUCGUAUGAUAUGAGAAGUGGUGUGUGGAAGCAGUUUCUAUCCCCAUCCCCAAAUGAUCGAUUGAGCGAUCAAGCACUUGCGGAGUGUGGGGGGAAAAUCAUGCUUGUUGGUUUGCUUACAAAGAACGCAGUGACAUGCGUUUGUGUGUGGGAGCUGCAGAAGAUGACUCUUCUGUGGAAGGAGGUUGACAGAAUGCCAAACGAAUGGUGCUUGGAAUUUUACGGAAAGCACCUUAAGAUGAGUUGCUUAGGUAACAAAGGCCUGCUCUUGCUCUCGUUGAAGUCGAGACAAGUUUACCGCCUUGUUACUUACGAUAUCCUAAAGAAAGAAUGGUUGAAAGUUCCGGGGUGUGCAUUACCACAUGGCAGGAAACGUCAUUGGAUGGCUUGUGGCACUGCCUUUCAUCCCUGUAUUACUGCUUCAGCCUAAUCGCUCUUUCUUUCUUUCAUUUUCUUUUCUUUUCUUUUUUUCAUGCAUUUGUGAGGAGAGGCUAGACAUCUUCGAAGGUGUGGUUAGCUUACAUGGUGUUGAUGUUCAGCCCAAACUUUUCUACUACCUGCUGCUGCAUUACUGAUAAUCUUGCUUGCUUGUUUUCAUCUUUUGAGUACAAAUUUUAUGACUUUUUCUUUUAUUUAGAAAGAUUUAAUGUAUGUUUGCUUAUUCAUGAGAUCUUACUUAAGUAUUCAUAUGGGAUUAGUUAUGGUUCAUAAGGG